AUGACCGGAGUGAUUGAAUCCGACCGUUUGGCUGCUGUACAGCGGAGUGAUCACAUCGCGUUCAUGGAAGGAAGCGUACUCUAUGUCUGGGGAGGAUGCCAGAGUGUCAAUGGAGAGGAAAUAUUUUUACCCAGUGAGGAGAUCUGGCUGUAUGAUCUGGAUAGUGGGAGUUGGGCAUGUAAGGUGAUGGGAGGUGAGAUUCCACCCCUGCUCUCUCAGGCAUGUGGCUCAUAUCUCCAGGGGAUGCUGUAUAUCUUUGGGGGCUGUGACAACAACGGACACACCAACCAGAUGUAUUGUGUUGACAUCAUGGAUGGGGAGUAUACAUGGAGGAGAGUGACAAAUGCACUGGGGACAACUCCUUCCCCUAGAGACAAACACUCCUGCUGGAUACACAGAAACAGACUCAUUUACUUCGGUGGAUAUGGAUGCAAAACAAUGAGAGAUGUCAACAACUCUAAGGGUUUCAUUGUGGAUGAGACAUAUUGGACAACAACUGGGACAGCACUUUAUCAGCUCUGGGGCUGGAACAAUGAGGUUCACAUGUUUGAACCUGAGUCUGUGACAUGGACUGAACCAGAAACUCAGGGCUGUCCCCCAACACCACGGUCCUCUCACGCCAGUGCCACUCUAGGGAACAAAGGCUACAUCUGUGGAGGGCUGGAAACAGAGUCAUUGAACAUCCACUGUCUGGACUUUGAAACAUGGACAUGGACCCAGGUUGACCCCCUCGCCGGUCCCCUCCCUGCCGGACGUUCGCUCCACACACUCACCCCUGUGUCGGACAGCGGGCUUUUCUUAUUCGGUGGCCUGAGCAUGACUGGCCAGGCUUUAAAUGACGGAUGGGAAUUUGACACUCUAACAAGGGAAUGGAGGGAGAGGGCACAUGCACACAAAGACAAACCCAGGUUAUGGCACUCAGCUGCUCAGGGGAGAGACAAUGAGGUCGUUGUUUUUGGAGGAACCCGGGACUUUGUCUUGCUGAUCGAUUCGAUCGCCGUCCUCAGAGCUCCGUCUCAGAAUCACUGUGGAGAUGUUCUGGUUUUCCAAAUGCAGCCUUACUCUCUAAUCAGGCUAUGCGAGGACUGCAUAGGAAAACAUGCAUCUCUUCUGGGGGAACAGGUGUCAUGGUUACCACCAAAACUUCAGGCCAGGAUACACAAAAGGAUAUCCUAUUUCAGGACAAGUGUAAGAAAACAGGAGAAAGAAAACUUGAUUUAA